AUGCCAUCUCCAAAAAAUCUAAUUGAUUCCUCAGAAAAUCAUUUUGGUCGAGUUCAAAUUUUUGCUGCGCCACGAAAGGACGACGGAAGUCAAAAUAUUCCCAAGAAACUGACUAACAAAGGUAGUGAAGCUCUGGAACUUUUUGAGCAACCUCAAAAAGAUGCUUGCUUGUAUAAUUUAUACGUUUUAACUACACAAGCAAGCCAAGAAAGCAAGCCAAGAAUAGUAAGAAGAAAUAAUAACAUUAAUAAAUAUGAAGAAGAAAUAUUCAUCAUGCAAGUUGUGGAGCCUCCCAUACAACAACAUCUUUCGGGUAGCUUACAUUUUCCAUCACAAUCAUCAGCGAGAGUUGUUUUAAUAUUAAUAGUACAAACUAUGAGAAGAAGAUGUGAGAGAUGUGUUGUUAUUAAAAUUGAUUGUACGGGGAGAACUAAUAGUUAUGAAAAAUCAAAAGGUGCAAAAGAGAGACCAUUUUAUAUCUAUCGCGUAGGUAAAUCAAUUUCACAAUCAACCAUUGGAACAACCAUAAUAAGACUGUCCGAUGUUUACACAAAUUAG